AUGCCUCCAACCGUACAAACUAACGAGCCAGAAAGGGAAAAGCGUCCUCAAAGAACUGGAGAGAGAAGAUCGGAGCUCGUUACUCGGGUUAAAUACUGCAACACCCUACCGGAUAUACCAUUCGAUUUAAAAUUUCUUACGUAUCCAUUUUCUUCUACUCGUUUUAUUCAAUACAAUCCGACGUCAUUGGAAAAAAAUUAUCGUUAUGAAGUACUAACAGAACACGAUCUGGGUGUCCAUAUUGAUUUGAUAAAUCGCGACAUAUACCAGGGAGAUGGUAAUGCACAAUUAGAUCCAGCGGAUGAAAAGCUUUUAGAAGAUGACGUUCUUACGCCUCAAGACUCAAAGCGGUCCCGACAUCAUGCCAAAAGCGUAUCCUGGUUGCGACGCUCGGAGUACAUUUCAACGGAACAAACCAGAUUUCAACCUCAGUCUAUGGAAAAGGUGGAAGCGAAAGUUGGUUACAAUGUCAAGAAAAUAUUCAGCGAAGAAACAUUAUAUAUGGACAGGGAUAGCCAAAUUAAAGCUAUUGAAAAGACAUUUGAGGAUAAUAAAAAGACGAUCGAGAAGCACUAUAGCAAGCCUGGCGUCACUCCGGUUGAGAUUAUGCCUGUGUUCCCUGACUUUGAAAUGUGGAAGUAUCCAUGUGCUCAAGUUAUUUUCGACUCAGAUCCUGCACCGGCAGACAAAAAUAUUGCCGGACAGAUUGAAGCUAUGUCACAAGCUAUGAUUAGGGGUGUCAUGGAUGAGAGUGGUGAACAAUUUGUUGCAUACUGUCUGCCAACAGAGGACACUAUUCAGAAGAGACGUCGGGACAUCACUGAGGGAAUUCCCUACAUGGAUGGUGACACUUAUGAAUAUAAAAUGGCCAGAGAAUAUAAUUGGAAUGUUAAGAGUAAAGCUUCCAAAGGUUAUGAAGAAAACUAUUUCUUGGUGGUCCGUAAUCAUUGUAUAUAUUACAAUGAGCUUGAAACUCGUGUCCGUCUGUCCAAGCGUCGCGCGAGGGCGGGUGCAGCGGCCCAGGCAUUAACUAGACUGGUUGUGACACACAGACCGUUGAAUGCAGCUGAACAUAGAAUACUAAGACUCAGAGAGAAACAACUGGAACCUGUACAGGACGAAGAUGAAGAAGAAGAAGACGAGGAAGAGGAAGAAGAUAAACAGGAACAGGCUGAGGCAAGAAGAUCGCGUUCCAGGUCAAAAUCUGGUUCGAAAUCUCCCCAAGGUUCAGAGAAGUCGAAGGCCUCCAGGUCUAGAUCUCGCUCCAGGUCUAAAUCCAGGUCCAAAUCCAGGUCAAGGUCAGCGUCGGGAUCCCCAGCUCGUUCGAAGUCCAGGUCUCGUUCCCGCAGCCAGUCUGGCUCGAGGAAGUCCAGGUCUAGGUCUGCAUCAGCCCAGUCUGGAUCAGCCAGGUCGGGGUCGGCUCGUUCCCGUUCUGGUUCCAGGGCUUCGUCUCGCGCCAGUUCCAAGAGUAAGGCGUCCAGCAGACGGUCCAGGUCUAGGUCUAGGCGGAGCUCGAAGGGCAGUGAUAAGGCUUCCAAGCAGUCGUCGCGCGCGUCGUCCCGCGCGUCGUCGGUCGUGUCGCGGUCGUCUCGCAAGUCGUCCCGUGCCUCGUCCGCGUCGAAGUCGUCUCGUAAGUCAUCUCGAGCCAGUUCCCGCGCCAGGUCCAGCGGAUCACGUUCUAGGAGCAGGUCUGCCAGCGGUUCAAGACAGGUACGUAUAGUAAUUCAAAUAUGUCCAAGUUAA